AUGGACGGCGCUUGCUGCGACGACGCACCCCCCCAGGGUGCGUCAGCCACAGCGGAAGUUGCCGAGGCGGAAGUGGUAGACUCCGCAUGGAAGGCGUGCGCCUAUGGGGAUUUCGAAAAGCUGCGGGAAUUUGUAAGCAGCGAUCCGGAGUGCGUGAACAGGCCGGAUGAGCAGGGAUACACUCCACUUCAGUGGGCUGCGCUGAACAACCGGGUGUCCGUUGCCAGCUUUUUGCUCGAGCGGGGUGCGGUUCCCAACAAUGCUGACCUUUCAGGACAGACGCCCCUCCACUGGUCAGCUGUCAGGGGUGCAUUGGGGGUUGCUGAGAUUCUGCUGAGGGCCGGGGCAAGGCCAGACCUGAAGGACAACAGGGGUUACACGGUCUGGCAUGUUGCCGCACAAUAUGGUCAGACAUCCGUUAUUUAUCAUCUGGCACUCAAAUGGAAUAUGGAUGUGGGUGUCACUGACAACGAUGGCCGGACACCCAUGCACUGGGCUGCUUACAAGGGAUUUGCGGACACCAUUAGGCUGCUGCUUGUCCUUGGGGCUAGUGUAUCUGCAGUCGAUAAAGAAGGUUGCACUCCUCUCCACUGGGCGGCCAUUCGAGGCAAGAGCGAGGCUGCGACGGUGCUGCUGCAGGGCGGCUCCAAGUCUGUCCUCUCUCUGCAAGAUGCCCUUGGCUCCACACCUGCCCAGUUAGCUAUUGACAGGGGCCACCGCUACCUGGCGUUGUAUCUCCAGGAACAACACCAGAAUCAACGUCGCAAGGGUAUUUGCUGGAAGAACAGUGCGCUGGACAAGUUUGUGGAUCUGCAGCUGGCCCCUGUCAUCUGGAUAUUGAUUAUUACUUUGAUGUUGGUAUUUGUAAAGAAGGUUGUCUGGACCCCCACCCUUGAAACUGUUCCCGUGGGCAUGGCUUUUUGGGCUUGGUUGGGUGUGGUGCUGUCAGCGAUCGGCCUGUUCUUCCUGUACAAGACGACCACAGCCAAUCCUGGGUUCAUACCAGUUGGAUGUGGGAGGGACUCGAGGGACCAGAAGGAUCUGAGUGGCGGGGAGGACGUUGAGAACUUGUACAGGAACCUCGAUUCCCCUGUACUGUGGAGCGGCAAUUGGCAACAGCUGUGUGUGACUUGCAAGAUCGUUCGACCCUUGCGAGCGAAGCAUUGUCCAAUGACGAACAGAUGCAUAGAGGUGUUUGAUCACUAUUGCCCAUGGGUGGGCAAUGCAGUGGGAAAGGGGAACAGGCACUACUUCCUCAUUUUCCUUUGGCUGGAACUGGCAGCCAUGGUAAUUGGCGCAAUCAUUGCGUUCGUUCGAUUGCGUCAAGGGGUGUCAAUGCCGCACGGCCAUGGCUCCAUGGGAAAAUCGCCCUGGAUGGGAUGGGUGAUCGGUUUUCUUGCUGUCGAUGUAUUUGUGGGAAUCAGUGUGGCUGCACUUGCAGUGACUCAAGCCUCACAAAUAUUCAGGAAUCUGACAACGAAUGAAAUGGCAAAUUGGUACAGGUACAAGUACCUAAAGGGGGCGAAUGGAGCAUUCAGGAAUCCGUUUGACAGGGGAUGUUUUUCGAACUGCAGGGAAACGUGCUUGCCAAGCUUAACACCCAAAGCACCUGUAAGCUUGGAGGACCUGGAGAUGCAGCCGUGUCUGGGUGCUGAACGAGGCACGAGAUUGUAA